UAGAGCGACCAGUUACCUUAAAUAUAAUAUUCUUUGUGAGUUAUUCUCAGUUCUCACGGAAGUAGAACUCUAGAAGAAAGCUGUGUAAUGUGUAUAGAUAGUAGUUUUGAAAGUGAUUCGCUGCGAUUCAAUAUUUUGAUAAUAUUGUAAUUAUUAGUAUUUAGAUGCGCAGUCAACAGUGUAAACGUACAAAAGUUUUAGUGAAUCUUACUGUAAAUAUUUAAGUUUGUUUGCGGUAUGUCUCGUUUGGAAUCGAGCGAUACUAUGCCAAAACUCGGGCAGGUUACCGAUCUUCGGGAGCAGUGGCUGGUGAGAACCGACGGAGCACUGGCCCACCGACUGCAGGACCGAGAAAUCUCUACACAUCUGUGUGAGAACAGAUAUCGGAACCAACUAAUCAGGGAGGACUUCCCCGUAGCAUUGAGUGAACAGAGAGGCAUUGAACAUGAAUUAAGACUGCAUGAAGUAUCUCGUCGAAGACAAGCAGAGAUUGAUGCUGAGAUUGCUCGCAAGAUGGCUGAAGUUAACAUUCACAAGAAGCAGCAAGCUAGAGCUUCUGCACAACAGCCAUGUUCCUCAAGAUCAAUUGCACCUCAUUCUGAUAUUGAUUCUGAUGAGCUAGGGCUCUCAGCUAUAGAAAUUGAAGAAAUGCGAAGGCGAUUAGAGCAGGAAGAGAGAGAUGCAAGACUGGCUCAUCAACUUAGUCAUGAAGUAGCUGGGCAGGAUGCACUUCUUGCUGACAUGAGAUGCGCUGUUGAAGCUCAAGAUGGUGAACUGGCGAGACUGCUACAGGAACGAGAAUAUAAAAAACUCCAGAGAGCUAAAGAGAGAGCACGCCAAAAAGCACUGUUGAAGAAGCAGCAAAAAAUGGCACAACAAGAACCCCAACCAUCUCUGGCCACUCUUUGUGAUGCUUACAGCAACCCUAGGGAUAUCAUUAGACAAAAUGCUACAAGGUUGUGUAAGUCUGUAGAGUCAGACUUGCAUUAUGUUGAGCCAUUUGAAAAAGAAUGUAUUCAAUCAAAAGCCAGCGCUUUACAGUUCAAAGAAAUCUCAAAGCAGUAUUAUAGCCAAGAAGCAGGUACUUCUAGAUCAAAUUUAAACAUAUCACACUCACACACAUCAUCUUAUGAUUCCAAUAGACCAAAUAUGAGUUCCGUGUACCAUAGGGAACCACCUCCUCCCCCAUCUACAGGUAAGAAGCCUAGAUUUCCAGAUCCAAUCAGCAUAAGGCCUGCAUCUCACUAUCCAACAGACAACAUUCUUCCAUCAAAUGAAUCUACUACACUCUCUCACAGUGUCAGUGAAAACAAUAACUUAUAUAGUAGUAGUUUCCCCUGUGAAAGCCAGCUUCCACAAAGAACUUAUGAUAUAGGUGGUCCUACUAAAAGGUUUUCUGUAAUCUCAGAUAUAACAGCUGAAGAUCUUGCUAAGAAGAAAAGCAAGGCAGAUAUGCACAAAAAAAGAAGAGGGUGCAAGAUUCAAUGAGUAAAGUGGGCUCAUUAAGUCCAUUUACAAAUUACAAGUUUAACUUUAUUAUUUACCCAUGAACACUGCAUUGAGUGGGAUUGUAGUCACCACAUUUAAAAAGUGCAUAAGUGAAGGAGUUCAUCAAAUGCCUACAAUAUAUUAAAUAUAUCUUAAUAUAAAGAUGGGUUGUAUUUGCAGUCAACUAUUGUAUUGUUGGUACUUUACUAUUUUGCAAUCUCAUGUUUUGUAGAAUUUAUUUUUAAUUUGACUGAAAAUAAUAACAUUUACUUAUUUAUUAUUUUGCAUGCUAGAGUAAUAGUAACACUGAGCCAAGAGGGCUAAUUUAUUUAUGUUAUAAUUAUUCUUUGUUCCAAAUAUUUGUAUUUUUAUCUUUCACAUUCCAAAUAAUUCUGUGAUUAUUUGUUAAUUUUUUAACUCUGUGUACCAUUUGGCCAUACCAAAAGUUUAUUUGAAAAUGAAUAUCUGUUAAUAGUUUUUAAAGAUUUCCAUUACUUAUACUUACAUGUGACUGAAGCAAUAAUUGACUGAUACAAUAUACAUCCAUACUUCUAUCUCCUUCUUCCCACUUCUGUUUCAGACAUAGCUAUGAAAUUUUAGUGUUUGUAAAAUACCUAAAAUCCUCAGUUUUUCUUUCAUUAUAGGGAAUAAAUAAAUCACAUUUUGCCAUGUGGAGGCAUUACAGGAUUCCAGAAUAUCAGUAUGACAGAGAAAUCUGGAUUGUUGUUGAGAUAAUGAGUAUCCUGCUUUUCUGACUAGAUAGAUUUUAAUACAUAGCACAAUUUGAUUUUUUUCAUACAAUAAUGUUGACCCAAAGAGUUAAUGGUGCUGCCUAAAUUUAAAUAGCUAUAUUUAUUUAAAAUUAGAACAUAUAGAUGUAGCUUGUCACACACAGUAAAGUAUUAGACCUGGCAUGUUUUUAUUGGUUGUCUAACAGCAAGAGACUAUCGAGACAUGUAAAUUAUCUAAGACUUACUAAAAUAUUUUUUACCAAUCUAUACUAACAUUAUCAAGAGGAAAGAUUUUUAUGUUCACAUGAUUAUAACUACAAAAAAACUAUACAUAAAUACUGGAUGAAUUUUUAAAAUUCUUUCACCAUUUGCAUACUACAUUAAAAAUUAGGGAUCCCUAUAAAACUACAAUAUUAUUACCCAUAGAAAUGUUGCCUAAAAAUGUCUUCCAUCACAUGUGCUGUGAUGACGAAGAAAAAACUUUUAUACAAACAUGAUACAUCAAUAUCUACACAAAACUUCGAGAUACUAGAUUCAAAUUGUAAUAUUUUUAUUCAAAGCAGCAUUCCAAGUCACUUAUAAAGUCAUAACCUAAUACUGGCGAGAAACAUAUUACACUCACAUCCAUUAUUCUCAUAUCAGAGUCAUAUGUUUUUGAAUGGGUGGAAGAUUUUAAUGUUCUAUAUGUAAUAAAAAGCAAGAAUCUACAAAAUUAAAUUAUUUCUAUGUAUAAUUACUGGAGAAUCCCAAAACUUUUAGUAUGACCCUUGUAUACUUAGUACCUACUUUUUGAUAAAUUUAAUUACAUAUUAUAAGAAUGUAUAUGUUUAAUUAUAUUUAAUAAUCAAAGUAACUAUAACUGUAAAGUUAAUAUAACAGCACAAAUGUUUGUUGCUGGCUACAUAUAGACUGAGGCUAACACUAACCAGUUAAUAUAGUGGAUUUUUAUAUACUUAUUAUAAUAUAUAGGCAUACAUAUUAUAUACCUAUUUUAAUUCAGUAACUUUAUACUUGACAUGGGUAUCUAAAAAAAGUGCAUACACCACCUAAAAGCUCUAUAAUUUGGUGAUGACAAGGUUGAUGAAAGUUUGUACAAUAUGUUUAACAGAUCACUGUUGUGAAGUAUUUCCAAAAGUAGUCUAUAGUUUGAUUAUAUAUAAAUUUUUGAUAUUUUUAUGUGCUAAUCAGUAAUCUAAUACUAUAAGCACAUAUCUUGUGAGGUUUCAUCUGGUCAAGUGUAUCAUCCAGUUUUUACUUGAGACAUUUUUCAUAGCUCUGCAUGCUCAAACUCCCCAUAAAUACAUCCAUUCUUUUGGUAUUUUUUAAUUAGGCCUGAAUUUCGUCUUUUACACUAAUCAUAUUUAGGUGUGGGUAGAAUUUUGAAUUUGUAAUAAAACAACGGAAUAUGCGCUAUUGUUUUGAAUAUUGUGAUGUUUGAAUUACUUGCAGUUUGCACUGACCUAAAGCCGAAUGCCAUGUCCGAGUUGGCUUUAAUAUAAACUUGUAUGUAAGGUUGCUUGUUAUCCAUAGAUAGCUUGAUAUUUGGACCCAGCAUCCAGUAAGUUUUUAAUGUCUAUACUGAGUUCUUAUCUCUGACUUUUGAUGUGUUGCUUCCUAGUCAAGUUUGGGAUGGUUUCUAAUAGAGCCACAAUUCAAUGAACAAUCAAUUUUUUAAAACACAAUUGUCAGGGUGGGCAAAAGUCUGAUAGGCCUACCUAUUAGAGCGGAUUUAGUUUGGUGGUUUUCCUGCCUUAGGUAUCAUAAGAAUUUGUAUUCCCUAACCCAUAGUAUUCCAUUAAGACAUGGUAAGGAAAACUACUGCCUUUCUAGGGAGUUCUGUCAGGAUUUACUUUGUAAUGUCAAUGUAACACCUCAAAGACAAAAACCUGGCACUUUUUUGUCUUUCAGACUAAUAAUAGCCCUCCAAACUUCUUUUACUGUGUAUUAGAGUAGAUCUGACCUCUAUCACAAAUAUCUGUGUCACUGGUGUGAUUCGGGCAAAACACAUUUGAUAAAUGAGAUGUAAAUAAUUUUGCCUUUUCUUGUGAUGUGUGUUCCCAGCCAUUGUUGUUUCUCAGCAGAGGUUUUGCCAGUUGUAGUCUAUCAUAUGACUUUCUGAAUAUCCACAGUGAGUAAUUAGGGCAGAGGCUACCAAUUCCUUAGAAUGUCCUUUAGACUGGCUCCGGCCUGUUUAAAUUGGUUUUAUCAGAUGCCAGACCGGCACAACCUUCUUUUCCUGCAGACAAAUCCCACCUUCAUACAACACACCACAAAUUCCGUUAUCACCCCCACCAUCUCGUGUGGUUUUCAAGGAACUUUACACAGUCUUCCUUGUACAGUGCUUCCAGGACUAUUCAACAUGGGUAUCUUUAAAACAGCGCAUACAUCUGUCUUAAAUGCCGACAACACUCCUGUGAUUCCUCUGGUAUUGCAAGAGAAUCCAAAAGGAUGUUCAUACUAUGUUAUAAGAUUCGGUACUGCCUAAGUAAAAAUUGAAAUUUAGUUUAGUAUGUGUUUCAUAUGUAAUGAUUUGACAUAAGAUUGAAAUAGUAGUAAUUACAGUAUGGCGAUUGACGACGAGGUAUAAUUCGGGUAAGUUUGAAAGCAAUUAGUUGCUUAAUAAGUAGUGGAUUUUGGAUAUCUCAGUGUCUGUCAAUCCAUCAAUGACUGCAUGUUUCAUACAAUCAAGUGAACCACUUUUUUCUUAGAGUUUCUCUAGGCCUGAAGAGAAUGUGUGCGGCUAUGUUUGUUUCUCCUCAUCUGUCAUAAUAAAAAAAACCGAUCUUAGACCUCUUCUUAUUUUUUUUAUUAGUUAUUUACGCAUUUUUUUCAGUCUAGCAGUCUAGGGUAACCUUUCAUUAAGACAAAGUCAAACAGGUCUGAUAAUUUGGAAGUAUCUGCCGGCUGCUGAUGAUGAUUAGUUUAAUGUACAAGUAAUAGUCAACAUAAAUUAAUAAUAAUAAUACAAUAAUGUAAAAGUGUGUCAAUAUUAUUAUAUUAUUAACAUGUGCUAUGGAAUGUGGGUAGUGCCAUUUGUCUUAUUCAUUAAUUGUGUUAGUUCUUCACAAAUUUUCAUCUCCUAGCCACCUAUGGGCUAAGGGAGGUGGAAUUGGUAAUGCUGUUAACAAUUAUAAUAGUAGGCACAUACUGGGUGGCUGAGAAGUUAACUAAUUAACUGUAGUUAAUAAUUACCAACAAUAAAAUUAAUUAAAAGUGUUAAAAAAAAUUAGAAAAAAGUCCUAAACCACAAUUAGGUGAAAAAAGCGGAUAAAAGGGGAAAACAAUUAUUUUGUCCUUAACCACGCAAAAUCAUAGAACAUACAUAGGGGUGAUUCUCAUCACCAUGAGGCUUUCGAAUUUUAGCUUUGGAUGUUAACUUCUCGGCCAUCCUGUAUAUAACAGCUACGGAGUAGUUAAUGCAAGCAUUCUGACAUGUGGUGACCACUUUGUAAUUGCUCAAUUAGAAUUUAUUAUGAAUCUCAGUCUUAUAUGAUUAUUGAUUGAAUAUUUCAAUAUGUACCUUUUCCAUUUAUAUUAUUAAUAUAUUUAGAAAGGUUAAGUUUAGAAUGUGGAUAAUGGAAAGCAAUUUAUUAGCUGUUAUAUAUUUAUAAAAAUAUAGAUUAUCUACCUAUUGAACUAUUUAAAUUGACAAGUAGGAAUUGGAAAAUGGAAGAGGAUUAUUAUUGUUAAUAAUCUUCAUUUAUUUGAGCUUUAAAUGAUUAAUCUGUUGUUUAUUGAUUAUUUUUUUAAUGUGUACCAGUGUACUUCUUUAUUUUUAGCGUACACAAUAUUUUGCAGAGUAUUAUUAAAGAAUUAAUGUCUCAUUCUGUUUUGGGUAGGUAAGUAGCCCAAUUGUCCAAAUAUUUGCUAACCUACAAACUACGCAUGUAUCAGACACACUGAUUUGAUAUGGUUAAUAUUAAGCCUUAUAGGUAUAAU